AUGGGCAAUCAUGAAUCCAAAACGGAAUGGCGUCCAUCUGCAUCAAAAAACCCGAGAAAAAUAUAUGACGAAAGUACGCACAAGUUAAAUGACUGGGGGUCAUUAGAGCGGUUUAUAUAUAUAGGGUCUGAAUCUUCAUACAAUGCGCAUGACAAACAUCCAAAUCGUAAGAAUGCUGAGUGUAUAGACAGACUUAUUAGUGAUGGAAAAGGGGUAGAGGUGGUGCAACAUUUAUCGGAUAUUAGUCGAUAUGGCGGAACAUUGCGACAAAAUAAUUUGAUAUUUGCGCUUGCCAUAUGUGCAAGAUCCAACAAUGAAGAAACAAAGAAUGAAGCAUAUAAAGAACUAAGCGCGAUAUGCCGAAUCCCAACACAUUUCUUUUUGUUUGUUAAUUAUUGCAAACAGGAGAGUUUGCAGUCAGGAUCAACAGGCUGGGGAAGGGCACAUCGUAGAGCUAUGAUCAAGUGGUACGAAGAAAAAGCAAAACAUCCAGUCGGCUUGGCUCGACUUUUGACUAAAUACAAGUCCCGUAGAAUGCAAACAACUAAUAAGAUAGGAGAGACCUGGUCGCAUUCUAAAAUUAUGCAGAAAGCACAUCCAAAGUUCGAAGAUGAUUUCAUGAAAGUAGUUCAACAAUACCUUCUAUAUGGCUUUAAAGGGGCACAACGCCUUGCAUCAAGUAGAAAAAUGACUACUGAAAGUAUUUCAAAAUUCCUGACUUACAUAGAAGGUACAGAGAAAGCCAAAGGAUGCACUGAUAAGGAAGCGCUCGUGGCACUUAUAAAGGAAUAUGACCUUGAGCGAGAACAUAUUCCAACACAGAUGGUGAAAUGUCCCAUGGUUAGUAAAGCGAUAAUGUCAAACAUGAAAGCGGAAGCGAAGGUACGCAAUAUCAGUUUGAUGUCUUCUAAAGGCCUUUGUAACGAGGGAUCGGAAUGUGAAAAAGAAAUCAUAGCGAUACUUAGUAACGAGAAAGCUUUACACGAUGAAAGAGUUCAUCCAAUUAGAAUUCUGAUUGCUCUAUUGUCGUACAAAAAAGGCGAAAACAAGAAAACUAGAUGGAAAAAGGGUAAGGUCAAUACUCUAAAAUGGAAUGUUAACCAAAACAUCUGCCAGGCGCUCAAUGCAGCCUUUUAUCAAUCAUUCAUCACCGUUCAGUCGAGCGAAAAACGUUUCUUGAUAGCGAUUUCCUGUAGCGAAGAUAUGGAUAAGCCAUGCAAUGGUUGCCCUGUCAUUAACUGUAAACAGGCCGCAGCGGCGAUGAUGAUGCUCACUACUCGCACUGAAAAACACUGCAAAGUUGUUGGAUUCUCUGAUGGCCUGACAAAAAUAAUUAUUGAUAAGAACGACUUACUCGAGGACGUCACCGAGAAAAUAAGUACGUUAAAGGGCAGUGAGACUGAUGUAUCUAUUCCACUACGCUGGGCUCUGGAAAAGAAAAAGAAAUUUGAUGUUUUUAUAGUAUAUUCAGACAACAUAAAAACAGAGGGGAAUCAGGCGAUUGAGGCUCUAGCGGAAUAUCAAAAAGAAGUGCCUGAUGCAAAAUUGAUCGUAGUUGCGAUGUUAGCCUCUGACAACAUUAUUGCAGAUAAGGGCAAUCCUUUCAUUCUUAACAUUGUUGGUUUCAACAAAAAAGCUGCAGUGCUCAUACAAGAAUUCGCCACCUCAGAAAUUUGA